AUAUCGUGGGACUGAGUGAGAGGGAUCAGAUAUGAGAGGAGAUAGAGAAGGGCCAGCUUCAGUGUUUCUUGGUUUUUGGCAGAACAAAAUACACAGAUAAAGACAUAACCAUCUUGGAACCAAGUGAUUUGAACAACCAACAGGCCAGCUUCUGACCGCUUUUCUGUCUUUCUGGACGAGCAACGCAGAAAGGUCGCCUCAUCUGCUAAAUUUCCACAUCAACAUCUACUUAGUUCCUCUGUGAACUCCACUAAAACCAUUCUGCUGGGUGCUCCACCUCAAACGUUUCAAUGGCUCAAGACAUGACAGAGAAGGACCUUCUAAAGAUGGAAGUAGAACAGUUAAGGAAGGAGAUAAAGACAGAAAGAGCACUGGUUUCCAAGUCUGCACAAGAAAUGAAGAGCUAUGUUGAAUCUCUAGCGACAGAAGAUCCAUUGCUGAAAGGAGUUCCAGAAGAUAAAAAUCCAUUCAAAGAAAAAGGUGGCUGUGCGGUUACCUGACACAAUUCUACCUCCUUCGAAGAAGCAUAUAUGGAACUUUACUUGUCUUCUGUCUUUGCUGUACGUGGUGUUAGACUGUUUAUUCUAGUAUUUAUGUGUGUCAUAAAGGUUUACAAUCCA